GAGAGGUUGUAGUGAAUGCAGCUAAGACGUUAUAGUGAUGUGGCCUAACCAUUGAAUUGAAAUGGAAAUGGAGUACAGAGGAACCUCAACCAUCCAUCUGUCGGAUUCGCUUACUACGAGAAAAAAUGGAGAAUUUGAGGAAGAAAAAGGUUUCUUCAUUUUAAAUUACACCGUUCACAUAGUGAAAGAUAGUUCACUUAAAAGAGUGGCCAUAAAACUCCCCUUACCGUCACAGCCGCUCAAUCAAAUCUAAGUAUUAGCCAAGAUAUUGUAUCGUUUAAUCUAAUCAAUAAGAUGUUCUUAUGGUAUUAUGAUUACAUACGCCACUCCACCAGGUAGCAACGACUUAAACAAAUUAGUACUAAAUCGAGAUAAUGUCAGGUUUUUAGCAUAGGCAAAAAAUCACCGGGAAACCCUCUACAACUUGGUAUAUUGCGUUUUGAUUGAACAUCAUCGCAUUCUCAGUGGUAAUGAAGAAUAACGAAAGCAGAAAGCUGUAUUAAUAAUAAAUGCGUGAUUGAGAUAUGUGGGCAUGCGAAAUAUCAAUGUCAAUUUUGAUAUCAGGUCAAGCAUAUUUUACAACCUGUUUUUCCCAAUACAGGCAGGAAAUCAAAUUGGACAUGUGAUAAGAUAAUUUCACCUUAUAAAAGGAAAUUCAUUCAAUGCCAUGUUUUUUUCUAAAGGUGGCGAGAUGGGUCUAACACUCAGAUAUGCUGUGUAUAUUUUAAAAUAUUUGGCGAUGGAGUGCAUGAUUUCUUACUGCGCAAAUGAGAAAACCGUGCAAAUGGCGUUUGCAGUCUUCCGACAUGGAGAUCGCACUACCGACGCCGGUACACUGUAUCCCAACGAUCCAUAUAUUAACGAAACGUACGAACCCUAUGGCCUGGGCGAGCUCACUAACAGAGGUAAAAGGAGAGAAUAUAGGCUUGGUCAACUGCUACGUUUGAGAUAUGCAUUGCUAUUGGGAAAGCAAUACAAAAAAGGGACAGUUAGGGCAGUCAGUACUGAUUCCAGCAGAACACAGGAGUCGCUGGAAUUGGUCUUGGCAAGUCUGUAUCCUCCACGUUCUACAGAGUUGGAAUGGAAUAGAUGGUUGAAUUGGAACCCAAUCGCUUUCGAAAUUGCUCCACACGCGACCAAUCGCUUGCUUAGUAUUGCCCUUAUGUACUGCCCUAGUUAUCGCCAACUCUUCGACGCCUAUUCCAAAAGUGAAGAAGGUCAGCAGAUCGAAAGCAUGUUCAACUCACAAUACGAGUACAUAUCUAACCACUCUGGUUUAAAUGUCACCAAACUAUUUAACUUAUUUCGAUUAUACUUCGGCUUACUUUCUGAGAGUGAAUGGGGUUUAAAACUUCCCGAAUGGACUAACUAGAACUAUUUAACUAGAACAACUAAAAAAAAUUACGAAAUGGUCGUGGCUACACCAC